GGCGAUGCGGCAGCCACGGGCGCCCCUCUGGCUCCUGGGAGCGGUGCUGGGGGCCUCCUUGUGGGGCAGCGGCUGCGGCUCCUCCUUACACUCCCUGUCCUACUUCUACCUGAAACUGCCAGAGCCCAGCCAGGGGCUUCCUCAGUUCUUCAUUAAGAGCUACCUGGAUGACCAGCCCAUCGCUCGCUUUGACAGCCUCACCAAGAAGAUGGAGCCUCUAGUGCCCUGGAUGGAGGAGGCAGAGGACGAGACCUUUCUGGCCCCUGAGCAGGUCUUCAGAGCUGACCUGGAGAAGUUAUCAAAACUGGACCACCAGGCUGAAGGGCUUCACACCUGGCAGGUGGUUUUGGGCUGUGAGCUCAAGGAAGAUGGGAGCAAAGGAGGAUUUUUACACUACGGCUACAAAGGAAUGGACUUCAUCAGCUUUGAUAAGGGAACUGUCAGAUGGGUGACAGCUCAGCCCCAGGCCCAGAAGGUCAAGGAGAAGUGGGAGGAGGAUCCAGGAUGGUCUAAGAGAAACAAAGUCUACCUGGAGGAGACCUGCAUUGAGGGGCUGCAGAGAUACCUCUCCUACAAGAACAAAACUCUGCAGAAGAUCGAGCCUCCAGUGGGGAAGGUGACUUGUAAGGUGGUGGAUGACAGCCUGGAGGUCCUCAUCUGCCAGGCCUUUGGCUUCUACCCCAAGGAGAUCCAGGCCACCUGGACGAAAGACGGAGAGGUCUGCCAGUAUGAGACCCUCCAUAGGAACGUGGUCCCCAACUCAGAUGGGACCUAUUACAUCUGGCUCAGCAUUGAAAUCGACCCCAAGGAGAGGGAUCACUUUCGGUGUCACCUGGAGCACGAGGGUUUGCAGGAGCCCCUGGUCUUGGCCUGGAAGGAGGAAACAGCUACAAGGUGGAGGAUUUCGGUGGCUGCCUCAAUCUCAGGAGUUGGGAUUCUCUUCCUGAUAGGCUGGUUGUGGAGAAGACGCAGAAAUAAUCUCUGUCAGGAAGUGACAACCUGCCGUGAUCACAAACUCUUCACAAAGAGUUCCUUCUUCCCCCAAGUAUGGUAUAGAAGCUGGGAUUCAAAGACGGUUGUUCCUGCAAACUAAAUUAACAUCGGAGGCAAGAAGGAAAGCUGCCGUGAAGACCAAAAUCAUGGCAUCUCCAGGCCAAGGCCAACCCUAAUUCUCAUCUAAACCAACUAAAGCCCUCCAAAACCAAAAGACCCAGCAGCCCUAGAAGAAAAAAUCAGGAUUAAUCUACAUUACACCAUACACCGUAAUGACUGUAACCCCCACUAUGUAGGAUAAACAGGCAGACGACCAGCAAAACUCAUGUCAACUUCCAGCCGGAACUGAAAACGGAAGUAAAGGGAAUAAUCACAAUGUUGCAUGGAAAAUCAAAACUUGAUGAUCCAAAAAUUAUGUUAGAGUACAAAAGAGUACAAAUAAUGAAUGAGAAGCAAGAAAGUGAGAUUGAAAACAAAGAGGAAGACAAAGACAAAGAGAUUGACUAUGGAAAAUUAAAUGAUUAUGUGGGUAGUAACAAUAAAAAGGAGAAUUUUAAAGAUUACAUUGGGAUUAACAAUGGAAAAAAAAUAGAAAGGGUGGAAAGAGACAAAGAGGGGGAAAAGGGUGGAACAGAAAGAAUAUAUAAAAUUUAAACGAUUACAAUGGAAUUAACAGUGAAAAAACAAGAAAGGGGGAAAAGGGAUGGAAAACAAUGGGAAAUACAGGGCAAAAUAGAAGAGCCCAUGAUUUUAAAAUACAAAAUGAUUGCACUGGGAUUAAUAGUGGAAAAAUAAGAAAAAGGGAAAAGAGAUGGAAAAUCAUGGGAAAUACAGGGCAAAACAGGAGAGUUCAGGAUUUUAAAGCACAAAAGAAAAGAAGGGGAAAGAAAAAUAAAAAAAUAGAAACAGAAAGGGAGAAAGAAAUAAAAAAGGAAUAUGUUGUAUACAUUUAGAAUUGAAAUAUGAAUUGAAGUAAGAUUUAUAGAUGUAAUGAAUGUUAGAAAAAAGAUAAGAUUGUGAUAUUAAUUAAAUAACAUAAAAUAAUAGAAAACUAUAUCGAUGUAUGAAUGAAUUGAUAUAUGUUUUAGAAAUAUGAAUAUGAAUAAUAUUUAUUAUUUAUACAAUAAUAACUCCUGUAAGAUUUAAGGAAAUGUAUGGUAUAAAACAAUUUGGUUUAUUAUUUUUAUAAGAAAUGAAUGAUUGUAUUACUACAUAAUUAAUUGAUUUUUAUUAAGAUGUUGGAUAUUGAAAUAGCUGAUAAUAUAAAAUACUAGUGAUUAUAUUAAGGAAAUACUAAGGAUUAUUUUACGUGAGAUUUUAAAUUUAAGGGGUUUAAUAUAGAGAUGAAGGGAAUAAUUGAAUUUGGUUAGGAUUAAUGGUUAGGAUGAAGGGUAAUAUUGGUCUAUAAAAAAAAUAGAGAGAAUAAAUACUAUGGCAAAAGGGAAUAUAUAAAUUGUGUUGAAAUGACUAAAAAUUGUCUAAAUUUGUGAAGCGGCCAAUACUCUGUUCAGAAAAAAUACAUUGUAUAUUUUUUUGUUUGUUUAUGUAAAAAAUAAAAAGAAACUUUUUAAAAAAAACAAAAACAAAA